UACCCGGAUGAAUCACAAGGAAGGCGCUUCGACAGGGCUUGUGAACAGCCAGUGCCGAAACUUUGAGUGAAUUAUCAUAUAUUAAAAUAGUAGAAACAUUAGAAAUGUUACCUUGUACGAAGAAACAUUGAAAAAGAGAGAGGAGUCGAAAGAAAGCUACCAAGGCAAGGCGCAGAGCAGGAGUGUGUUUAGUGUUUAGUUGGUGAGGCAGUAACGUUGGCGUCCACCACGGAGCAGCCGCAACCAUCCUCGCAGCCGAGCGGCCACUCCGGGGAGGCGCAGCACCACAACAUGGCCGCCGUGUCGCGGGUCCCUACGCCACCGCCAUCAGAGAUGUCGUGCCCUGUGGCUGAAAACUGGUGCUACACGCAGGUAAAGGUGGUGAAGUUUUCCUAUAUGUGGACCAUCAACAACUUCAGUUUUUGUCGAGAGGAGAUGGGAGAAGUGUUGAAGAGUUCCACGUUUUCUGCUGGUGCCAAUGAUAAGUUGAAGUGGUGUCUUAGGGUAAACCCUAAAGGUCUGGAUGAAGAGAGUAAAGACUACUUAUCCCUGUAUCUUCUUCUGGUCUCCUGUAACAAGAGCGAGGUCAGGGCCAAAUUCAAAUUUUCUAUACUCAAUGCAAAGAGAGAAGAAACUAAAGCCAUGGAAAGCCAAAGAGCCUACAGAUUUGUCCAAGGAAAGGACUGGGGCUUCAAAAAGUUCAUUAGGAGAGACUUCCUCAUGGAUGAAGCCAAUGGUUUACUCCCAGAGGACAAACUAACUAUAUUUUGUGAGGUCAGUGUAGUGGGCGAUACAAUAAAUGUCAGUGGACAGUCCAAUUGUUCCCCUGUCAAAGUCCCUGAGUGCAAGCUCAGCGAGGACCUGGGCUCGUUAUUCGAGCGUUCUGCUUUCAGUGAUGUCAUGCUUAAUGUUGGAGGGCGAGAAUUUCAAGCACAUAAAGCUAUUUUAGCAGCAAGGUCACCAGUGUUUAACGCAAUGUUCGAACAUGACAUGGAGGAAAGGAAGUUGAACAGAGUAGAAAUAACAGACGUAGAACAUGAAGUAAUGAGGGAAAUACUGAGGUUCAUAUACACUGGAAAGACGUCAAACUUAGAAAAAAUGGCAGAUGAUUUAUUAGCAGCAGCUGACAAGUAUGCCUUAGAACGCCUCAAAGUGAUGUGUGAAGAGGCUCUUUGUACGAAUCUGGUUGUUGAGAAUGCAUGUGAGGUUCUCGUACUUGCGGACUUGCACAGUGCUGAACAGUUAAAAUCACAUGCAAUAGAUUUUAUUAACAGCCAUGCCACAGAUGUAAUGGACACUGCAGGAUGGAAGGCCAUGGUUACCAACUCUCCACACCUCAUCGCUGAAGCGUUUCGCGCUCUGGCGAGUCAGCAAAGCCCACCCCUCGGACCACCGCGCAAACGCAUGAAGCAGUCGUGAUGUGUGCCCGAGCCUUUCUGUGAACAUUAUCAAUCUUGUCAUUGUUGCAGUCAUCCAGAAGGCAUUCUUGGUUUCCAUGUACCAAAAAUCUUUCAUCAAUGAUGCAGUCAGAAAUGGUUGCGAAAAGGAGAACUAUGUGAUGUUUUUGAAUGAUGGUAUCAUACCCCUCAUGCUUUGAUUUUUCAGUCAUAUCGAUCAUGGUUUGGGAAAGAUUGAUCUUCAUUUGCAAUUUUCAGUCACUUGCAAUCUUUCAUUGGUUUUUUGCGAGAGGCAAGUUGUGAAGAGAAGUGGUUAGGGUCCAGAGUGACGUGGCAGGCGUCUGGGAUUACAGGCACUUUCCCUGUGUCAUGAUGCACGAUCAAAGUCUCAUUCUGGCCAACUGGAGUUAUUUUUUUUGGAUAUGAAGUUUUUUUUUAUGAAGCAGUAGCACUUUCUGUGGUAUUUGCAUUUGUAAAACUAGGACAAACAAAGUGGUAGGUCAUAGGGAAGAGGUGGAUUUAAGGUUAUUGAGGUCAAGGCCACUGGUCAAGGUAAUUGAUGAUCAGGACCUCUAAGAACAAUGCCAAAAUGCAGGUCAUAGGUUAUUUUAUGGCCCGACUUCAGAAGUCGGUGUAUUAAGCUCUUUCAUUUAUAUAUUGCAGAAUCUGUGUAGCCAGUAUCUGUUUCAUUCAUCAGUAUUUAGAUUGCUUAUUUGUGUGCAUCUGUAGCUGCACUUUGGUCAAAAUUUCAGUGAGGAACUAUAAGAAAUAUGAUUGAGAAAUUGUAAUCAGAGAUGGGCAUCUGAACAGCCAAUUUUUAAGUUAUUUAUUUUUUAAAAUCCUUCAUUUGCUAAAAACCAGAAUGCAUUAUUUCUAUUAGAUAAGAAAGUAUUUGAAUGGACAAGAGGGUGUUCUGAUGGAGAAGUGGCUUUGGUGAAAGACAGCACUAUUCGUGCUACUUUUCUCAAAAAA